ACUGAAAGCCAAGCCAAAGCCGACAAUUCUGCUGCAAACGUGCAUUCGUGUUCCUCUUGGAAGUCCUCGUAUAUAUAACGCCUAUGUCUGUGCUCGGGCUUAGCUCUACCAUGCAAGGGAAAACAGUCGCCCUCCUCCUUGGCGUCGGUGCCCUCACCUGUGUCUCCGCCCAGACCUUCACCCGCCUCGGCGCUUGUCCGUCUUUGGGCUGUGUCUUUCCCCCGGACCAAGCCAGCUUCCUCGCUGGUCAGUACUUCGACGUUCGACUCGAAGUACACGCACCAGUCAACGGCACUGAGGCAUAUAAUGCCGGCGUCCCAGACCAGAACUUCACCUUUUGCAUUCAGGCUAGUGACGACGGUGACUGCCAAGACGUGACAACGUUCUUCUCCGUCCACGAUACCGAGGUGGAUACUUACAACUUCACGUACUAUGAGGAUCUGUUUGCACAGGACGACGACACACCGUCUGUAGUCAACGUAGCUGCAAAAACGUAUCGCGGACUUGCCCUUUACACCCCCGGAUCAUACAAGGCAAAGCUAAAGUACUACAAUGACUGGGAAACCGUUGCCAACUGGUACGUUCGGGAACCGACUAAAGAGAAAGCCGCCAAGAACGUUAUCCUCUUUAUCGGCGAUGGCAUGACCCAGUCAAUGAUCACCGCUGCACGUCUGAUUGGUCACAAGUCCAUCAAUGGAGUGUAUCAAUCCCUCAUGCAGAUGGACCAGAUGGAAGCUCUGGGACACCAAAUGACCCAUUCGAUUGACUCUUUUAUCACCGAUUCUGCUAAUUCGGCCACUGCGUUGUACUCCGGAAAGAAAUCAACUGUGAACGCGCUCAAUGUAUAUGCUGACAGUUCCAAGGAUCCAUUCGAUGACCCCAAAUUCGAAACUAUUGCAGAGCUGUUCCGUCGACGGACUGGAGGCCCGAUUGGGAUGGUGUCCACGGCUUUCAUUACAGAUGCCACGCCAGCUGCGUUAUGCGCUCAUACUCGUGCUCGUGAUGAAUUGGCCGCUAUCGCAUACGAGUAUCUUUACGGUCCUUCCGCCUACACGCCGGACAUAUACUGGCCCACGAGCUGCGAAGGUCCUGACGUCAUUUUUGGUGCUGGUGCCGAACAGUUCAUCCCUGGGGACGGCUCCCCAAAUGGCACGGACUUUUACAAGGCCUUCGCGUCCGAAGGAUACCAGGUUGUCUACAACAACACCGAACUUCAGGCUGCCGGAAACGAUUCUAAGACACUUGGCAUCUUCUGCACUAGCAAUCUGGCCAAAUGGAUUGACCGUAACGUCUAUCCUGAGAACCUUGUUGGACUCGGAAACUCUCCAUCUGGCGACGGUACUGAUGCUCUCGACCAACCGGGUCUCAAGCAAAUGACCCUCAAAGCCAUUGAUAUCCUUCAGGAGCGCUCUAAGGCUAAUGACAGUGGUUGGUUCAUGAUGUCUGAGGCUGCAAGCAUCGACAAGAUGAUGCAUGUUCUGGAUUACGACCGCGCUCUUGGGGAACUUUUGGAACUUGACGAUACGAUUAAAGCAACCAUGCAACACCUUAAGGACAUUGGCGAAUACGAAAACACUCUCAUCGUUGUUACAGCGGACCACGGUCAUGGCUUUGACGUAUACGGUUCUGCCGACACCAAAUAUCUUGCCGCCCAAGCGUCCGACCGCAAGAAACGCAGCGCGAUUGGUGUGUAUCAGAAUUCUGGCUUGAGUGGAUACACCGUUGAGGCAGACUCCCUGCCCAACAACGCGACCGUUGUCUAUGGUGCUGAAGGACCCAAUUUCCCUGUCAACUGGGCGCCUCGCUACGCCUACGUUCCCGGUGUGGUCGCAUUCCCUGAUCACCGUGAGGCAUAUGGCAUCAACAAGACUGGCCCUCGUCUACCUGCUACUGAAGGCACUGACGGGAGCUACGAAGUCAAUCCCUACGAUCAGCCCCAUGGUUACAUCAUUAAUGGAAGUCUGCCUACCGACGAAGCACAAGGCGUUCAUUCUCUUACCGAUGUUUCUGUCUUUGCCAAUGGCCCAGGAUCAGAAGCAUUCAGAGGAGUCUACAACAGUAUUGAUAUCUUCUUCAAGAUUGCAGACGCACUUGCCCUCGGACGAACUAGCGAGGAUUAUUAAAUCUUUCUUCUACUCAAGUAUUUUACUCAUGUCAAUCCGCUGAACGCGGAGCAAGCUAUGAGACGAUUGUAGAUUUAAUUU